CCCGCGUGUUUUUCUCGCCGGCUGCUCGGCGGUGUGCGGCGUGCUCGAGCUCCCCACCGCGCCGCUUGAAACUGGCUGCCUGUGUCGCCAGAAGCCAGUCUUCCGGCCAGGCUGCCGCCUCGAUGAAGCACCUGCCCUACUUCUGUCGCGGAGAGGUGGUGCGCGGGUUCGGCCGCGGCUCCAAAGAGCUCGGCAUCCCCACAGCUAACUUUUCUGAGGGAACAGUUGAGAAUUUCCCUUCUGAUAUCCCUACGGGCAUAUACUAUGGAUGGGCUUCUGUUGCAAAUGGAGAUGUGCAUAAAAUGGUCUUGAGUAUUGGCUGGAAUCCAUAUUACAAGAAUGUUAAGAAAUCUGUGGAAACACACAUCAUUCACUCUUUCAAGGAGGAUUUCUAUGGAGAAGAUCUUAGUAUAAUUAUUCUUGGCUACAUAAGACCGGAAAGAAACUUUGAUUCUUUAAGUGCACUCAUAGCAGCUAUUCACAGUGACAUUGAAGAAGCUGAAAAAACCCUAGACUUGCCAGAACAUCAAAAAUACAAAGAUGACAACUUUUUUCAUGUGCCAGAAGGCAAAAUAGUUAACGGUCAUUGAUUUAGGCUGCUUUAUAUAUCUUUAUUGUAAUGGUUUAAAUUGCACUGAUCUUACAACAGUUCUCCUUAUUUAGAGAAAAAAUUGUGUAACUUAGUCCUUCUAUGGUUUAGUAUUUUCAGUUUGUAUUAGAAAUGAAUUAAAAUGGUCAGACAGCCAUUUGGAACCAACACUAAGCUAUUUUCAUCUCCCCCCCCCCCCCCAACAUAUUGUUACUGGGCAUGUUGGAAUUUACUCAACGAUUUCAUUGCAUGUGUUGCAAUAUGUAUAAACUGUUAUUAUUACUAGCUUUUCUGAGGCUGGGCAACAGUUGGUCCCCUAAACUUGGAAGCACAAGUCCUUUCUAAUCCCUCUUAAUAAUAGCUAUCUGGUCUGCUGAAUUAAAUUUGGUUUCUGAUUUUAAAGUCUAAUGCUUCUUGCAGCAAGGAGAAACUCAAGAUAAAUGUAGAGUGGACACACAUAGUUUUACUGGCUUAUUCAGCAAGGUGUUCUUUUUGGAUCUUAGGUUUGUAAUUAUCAAAAGUAUUUUUGGAGAUAAGUACUGCUUACUAACUGCCCAUGAUUGUAAUAGUGAAUGCACUAGUGCUAAUUUCAAGAGGAGUGCUUUGCUGUAGAAAUGCUAUUUAAAUUAUAAGUCUUAUCUAAAACUACAAA